CCCCAUUCAUAUGACAAAAGUUUACUUAUGUAUGUAAAUUUGCACAUGAGUAAAUAUACUCACAUAAGUAAAAGUAUAUUUGCUACACGUUCAGAUGAAGUUUAAAUACUGUAAGUAAAUCCUGAUAAACUCAUUUGUAAAACAGAGAUGGAUCGAUUGAGACUUGUCCGUUUUCAUAGAAAACAUACUUUUCCAUACUAUUUAAGCACAGGAAUUAUAAUAGGAUGUUCCAGAAGAAGAGAUGGUUGUAGGAAAAAUUGUUCUACUGAAUGGUAUGACAGCUUUGAUAACAAUGACUAGGUACGAGGACUUUUGUAUGAGAAAGGAUGCUUUCUUUAAACUUUGUCAAAAGCUAUUGAAGUGCUUUGGCACCUGCCUCGCGGACUGUAGAGGUUCCAUUGAAUGCAAAGAAAAAAGUAAUAUUGCAAUCAAGCUCAACAAAAAAUAUACAAGUUUUUUUUUCUUUUUCCACUUUUUUAAAGGCCGAGGUUUUCAACCGGUCAGUUUUCCUCAGAUAAGUUAAGUAAGGGGCGGAGCUAAUUUAAGGCAGGUGUGAAGCCCCGACCCCGAGGAAACCCUUGCUUGUAUAUACAGUAAAAUAUCUGUAUCUCGAAUAUGGUUUGUCUCGAAUACCCCGCUUGAGUCAAAGUCGACCGCCGGUCUCGGCCGUUUUCCCUAUAUAAAUGAUUUAAAAAACUUCUGAUAUCUCGAACACGGUAAUCUCGAAUACUCCGCUUAUGUCGAAAUAUUUUCAAGGUCCCAUGCCCUAAUUUCACCUGGCUUAUCUUGAAGUGCAGUCAAUUUUCCGGUCUGCUUACCAUACCUGGCGUCGUUAAAACACACGUCUCCGCCCGCGGCUACAUCAAUUAUAAUUAAUGACCGCUAAUCCACGCUCGCCUUUUCCGAGUAGUCACGGGUGGCCAUAAUUGUUUCAACAGCUCAGGUGAUUAGUGAAGCCUUCCAACAUUACGGAUUAAUCCACCGCCAAUUAUGAACCAACACGCCCGAUUCCAGGGAUGGUGUUUUGAUUGAUACACGCUAUAUCAUUAACAUGUGGGUUAGAUAAACGCACAAAAUUGUCGAAGUGAGCUUGAAGUUAAUGCUCAUAAUAACGAUAAUGCAUUUAAUAAUACACGCCUCAUCAUUAAAACUAGAACAUAGAAAACACGAAAAUCUUCAAAGUGAACAGAAAUUAAACACUUUGGAUCACAACAACAUAUAAAUAGAGACCCGUGAAAUGUUCAUCAUUCGACAGUAAAGACAAGCUGCUAAUCCCUGGCAUUAAAAGAAAGUUAAAAUCGCAUACCAUAGAAACUAAGAUUCAAGCUAUUGCAGAUGUAGAGAAAGGAAUUGACAGUAAGGCGGCCAUCGCUAAAAAAUACGAAAUCCCUCCAAACACAUUAUCAACAUGGAUAAAAAAUGCUGAAUAAAAUAACAUGCGUAUUAGCUGUACUUAAUAAGAUAUUGUAUUUAAUAAACAUAAAAAGUUCUUUUAAAAAUCCGUCUUUUUUGUUUCUUACGUGAUAGGUUCUUUCACUACAACGCAAUAGCUACAUCCUAGUCGGGCCUAUACAUCAGUAAAGUAAGCAUACAAAUUGUACGAUCAUCUUAAUUUUGAAACACAUUGUGAAUGUGAUGUUUAUAGAUAUGGAGAAAAAAACACCGAAAUAUUUGCCUUUGAAAUUCCACAAUAUCAAUCAACUUGCAUUAUAAGAAACGGCAACGGGGUUGUUGUUUAUAAUGCAAAUCCCAUACUAUGCAUCAUAUAUCUCCCUUCAAAAAAAAUUCAAGAUCGAUUUUUGGAUAUCUCGAACCCCCAGAUAUCUCGAAGUUUUUUCGAAGUCCCUUGAACUUCGAGAUAGAGAUAUUUUACUGUACCUACUUCAUUGUAUCUGAACAGUUGUUAGAAGAUGUCUUGUAUAUACAUGUAUCUGAUUUUUUACCUUUAUCUGACUUCCAUUGUAAAAUCUCAAUGAAACUUUUAUCAUCAUUUGAAAGGGAGUAUACAUGUGACAACAUGCAGGAGAUGCCCAAACGAUACAAUGAGGAUAGUUUAUCUGUAGGAAACUUUCAAAAUUUUUUCAUGCAUCCAACCGUCCAGAAUGAUAUGAAGCUUUAUUUAAACACACCGAUAGAGUAUAAUGAACAAAGUAUAAACAAGGCCACCAACGACAUUCACAAAAUCCUAAACAAAGUAGCUAAACCAUCUUUACAAAGAAAAACACAACGUAGAAACACAACCAAUAAGAAAUGGUUUGAUUCCGACCUUACAAAAAAGAGAAAAUACUUAUUUGAGAAAGCAACAUUACUUUCAAGAUUUCCCAAUAACCCUUACUUACGAGGUUCCUUUUUCAAAUUAAAUAAGGAAUAUGCCAAGCUGCGGAAACGUAAAAAGCGAGAAUUCAGGCAGGGUAUUCUAGAUAAACUAGAUCAAAUGAAUGAAACUAAUCCUAAAGAAUAUAGGAAAUUAGUCAAAUCGCUUCGUGAAAAUGAAGGGAAAAAAGACAAUUUAGAGAAGUGUAUUGAUGGGGAUACAUGGUUUGGCUAUUUUACUUCUCAAUCUAAAUUACCAGAUCAUUACAAGGACAGAGUUAAGACUAUAGAAGCCGAAAUUAAUAAACUAAAAAACAGCCAGACCUGUAAGUCUUUUAGCAAAUUGGAUUUCAAGAUACAUUGGAACCCCGUUAUUACGUUUUCCAUUUUGUCACGAUAAAAUAACGUAAUAUCGGGGGCAACGUAAUAAACGUUCCCAGUGAAAUCCGCUAAAAAUAUCGGUUGGAAAUUGUAUAUCGUCCGUUGGUACUCCGUGAAGGGGUGUGUGAAUAUAUCUUUACUGUUUCUUUGUUUAAAAGACUAUAUGAUACUUUGUUUUAUUUACAUCUUAUCUUUAAUGUCCAUAAUUCUUCAUGUUCUUAUCCCUUUUCUUUAUUUCUGGUGUAGGAUUCAUAAGGAUGUUUUGAUAAACGUUGCUUUUCUGCAUUCGUUUGGACCGCCAUUUUGUUCAACUUUAAAACAAUGCGUUCAUGUAAAUUUCUCUCAAUAACUCGUUCCGGUUUGUAUUCAACAUUCGUAUUAAAAAAAUAACAAAAUAUCGUUUUUAUUAAGUUCGCUAAUUACACAAUACACAGCGCAAUAAAAAAAAAAUCCCAUCCAAAAAACAACAAAACUAUAGACACAAAACGCACACGAUACCCAACACUUACACACUUUUCUCACCAACGAUAAAGACGGAGAACAAUUUAAGCGCAAUCCACAUAAAAAAAUAAUUAUAAUGAUGCAUGAAGAUUUCAUUUACAGCGCUAAAUGAUGGCACUAAAAUCACGUGCGCAUCAGGGGAUUUUAGAAUAUUCACAGAGGUAAAUGCCGUGCACGAAUCGGCCGAUAACACAGGACAGUUUGAUUUGUGUAUGUAUGGAAAAGAUUUAUGAACACCCAUGCUGCAUGUCCAAACAACGCACAAUUUUUUAAUUGAAAACCUUUAGUCACCUAUGUCCAAGAAGUUACCCAAACGGUUUUAACAUUGCUACGAUAAAUCUUGUCUUUCAUGUUUGGUACCAAAGCUGUCCGUAAAUAGAGUUUUAAUAGCGAAGGUAAUCACACUAUGCUGAACACGCAGGUAGUUGAGAAAUUAAUUCUUUGAUUA